UCUGUGCUCUGGUCUCCGCAAGCAGUGGAAAUGCUUUCUAGCACCCAGGCGGCCACAGGUGAAUGUGACGACGCGGAGCUGCGGUGCCGGGUGGCCGUGGAGGAGCUGAGUCCUGGAGGGCAGCCUCGCAAGCGCCAGGCCCUGCGCACCGCCGAGCUGAGCCUAGGCCGAAACGAACGCCGAGAGUUAAUGCUGCGACUACAGGCGCCGGGACCUGCGGGGCGGCCACGCUGCUUCCCGCUGCGGGCCGUGCGCCUCUUCACCCGCUUCGCUGCUGCCGGGCGCAGCACGCUGAGACUCCCCGCCGAUGGCGCCCCCCGCGCUGGCUCAGUGCAGCUGCUGCUCUCCGACUGUCCCCCGGAGCGUUUGCGCCGCUUCCUGCGCACGCUGCGCCUGAAGCUGGCGGCGGCCCCGGGACCAGGACCUGCCUCUGCCCGCGCGCAGCUGCUCGGCCCGCGGCCCCGAGACUUUGUCACUAUCAGUCCAGUGCAACCGGAGGAACUGCGGCGUGCUGUGGCCAACCGGGCUCCAGAUUCGGCGUUGGAGAAGCGAUCAACGGAAUCCAAACCUAGUACGGAAGCUCCAAGGUGGCCCCUGCCUGUGAAGAAGCUGAGCAUGCACCCCAACAAGCGGAAGCUUUCUGAGGAGCAGGCUGCUGUGCUGAGGAUGGUCCUGAAAGGCCAGAGCAUCUUCUUCACUGGGAGUGCAGGGACAGGAAAGUCCUAUUUGCUGAAGCACAUCCUGGGCUCCCUGCCCCCUACUGGCACAGUGGCCACUGCCAGCACUGGGGUGGCAGCCUGCCACAUCGGGGGCACCACCCUGCACGCCUUUGCAGGCAUCGGCUCAGGCCAGGCUCCCCUGGACCAGUGUGUGGCCCUGGCUAACCGGCCAGGUGUGCGGCAGGGCUGGCUGAACUGCCAACGGUUGGUCAUUGAUGAGAUCUCCAUGGUAGAGGCAGACUUGUUUGACAAGUUGGAAGCUGUGGCCAGAGCUGUCCGACAACAGAAGAAACCAUUUGGAGGGAUCCAGCUCAUCAUCUGUGGGGACUUCCUACAGUUGCCACCGGUGACCAAGGGCUCCCAGCACCCUCGAUUCUGCUUCCAGGCCAAGAGCUGGAGUAGGUGUGUGCCGGUGACUUUGGAGCUGACUGAGGUGUGGAGACAGGCAGAUCAGACCUUCAUCUCUCUGCUGCAAGCUGUGAGGCUGGGCAGAUGUUCAGAUGAAGUGACCCGCCAGCUCAGGGCCACAGCUGCCCAUAAGGUGGGAAGAGAUGGAAUUGUAGCCACGAGACUCUGCACCCACCAGGAUGAUGUGGCCCUUACCAAUGAGAGGCGGCUGAAGGAGCUUCCAGGUGAGGUACACAGCUUUGAGGCUAUAGACAGUGACCCUGAGCUAUCCCGGACCCUGGAUGCCCAGUGUCCCGCUAGCCGUGUCCUUCAGUUAAAGCUGGGGGCUCAGGUCAUGCUGGUGAAGAACUUGUCAGUGUCUCGGGGCCUGGUGAAUGGAGCCCGGGGAGUGGUAGUUGGGUUUGAGUCAGAAGGAAGAGGGCUUCCCCAGGUACGGUUCCUGUGUGGUGUCACUGAGGUCAUCCGCACUGACCGCUGGACAGUACAGGUCACUGGGGGUCAGUUCCUCAGCCGGCAGCAGCUUCCCUUACAGCUGGCCUGGGCAAUGUCCAUCCACAAAAGCCAGGGCAUGUCUCUGGACUGUGUGGAGAUCUCUCUGGGCCGCGUGUUUGCCAGCGGUCAAGCCUAUGUGGCUCUCUCGCGGGCCCGCAGCCUACAGGGCCUACGCGUGCUAGACUUUGACCCCACGGUGGUUCGCUGUGACUCCCGAGUGCUGCACUUCUAUGCCACCCUGCGGCAGGGCAGGGGCCUCAGUCUGGAGUCCCAAGAUGAUGAGGAGGCAAACUCAGAUCUGGAGAACAUGAACCCAAACCUGCGUCUCAGCUGAAAGAGAAGACAAACGGUGGACUACUACCCAGCUUCCUCCUGGGUCAAGGCC